UGCAGCAAACUUGAUUUAUGUGGAGAUCAGAAUGAUAUUCGCCCAACCUUCCUCUUCCGCCUAUUGAUUUGUCAUUGUGUAAAUGGCGAUAUCAACAUUACCAGUAUAUUGGAAAAAGCUGAUGAUCCAUGCGACUUAAACCAAGACUUGAGUAACUAUAGCCCUGGCAGUUAUGACUUAGAAACUCUGAGAAAUAUACUGGACACUCUGUUGUAUGCGUGUGAUGAUUUAUUUAGUCACUAUGAUCAGCUUUUUGGGUGUAAUAAUGUGGAUGGGAUGCAAACAGUAAAGGAGGAGAUGAAUUUAUCAGAUGCAACCACAUUGUCUACAGACGUCAAGACAUACUAUACAUGGUUGUUAUGGGCUCAAGAAGCAGAACUUCAUAUGAACAGUAGUUCAAGCAUGAGAAAUCCCUCUUUCGAGUUCUUGAAGUUAGACGAAACAGUCAAUUCGAUGAUGCAGUUGGCGUGCUUGAUGUUUGAUCCAGACCUUGAGUCGACUGUUGAACUUCCACAAAUUACAUCUACAGAUCCUGUCGACUAUAGGUUCAGAUCAUGCGUAAUAUUCGAGUCCGUUCGUAACUUCACAAACGCAACUCUGGAUCUACCAUUAGAACGAAGUCGCCGAAGUAGUUACAGAGGACAUCACAUAAGGCCAUACAAGGUCUUAGAUUUGAAUCCAUCACCACUUCAAUACAAUGAAGACAUCCAAACUACAACGAAACCAAUGGUGCCAAUUCCAGAUUCACAAUUGAUCAACCUGUGGACACACAUUAAAGUUGGAAGGAACAGAAGACAACUGAACAAUGCAAGAGGUAUAAUGGGAUUUUAUAUUUUUCAUUCACCCAGUAAUAUUAAAAUAUCUGAUUUGCUACAACUACUAUGUAAAUGGAAAUUUCCACAGACCUGGUGUGACUUUGGGACUGGGCUUUCCAACUAG